UGAGAUUGGACGGACAGUCGAAAGCUGAUGGGAUACACUCGAGCGGCAAACACUGGUGUGCGCGUAAAGUGUCUGCCUGUUAAAGCUGUUCUACCACACGGACGAUCACCGAGGAUAUCUGGGCUGUCUGUUGGGUAAAUAAAGAUCAGACAUCGCUCUUCAAAAACCCCACUGCGGCGCGAAAGAACAAGAGGAGCAGGGAUUGCCUUCUGCGAGUCAUAUUGUCUCCAAGAGCUUGCUGGGACUAAAUAAAUCUCUAAACACCAUGAAACGCGGUUAGUCUUGGUGUAAGAUCUUCAGUUGCGUGAAUCCAAACGCAGAACGCUAUUGAUCGGAGGACAGACUCGGGCGACUGGAGGGGAAACAUUGCUGUCUGUUAACAUUCCCCGGUGUUUCAAGUUAUAUAAGCGGAGAAGAAGUAAGAUAAGAUUUUGUUUUUACAGCCGACACGCUGAUUGUAUGGACUGGGUUUUCCGAGAGGUUGCACUCUGAAGAACCAACAACGUGUUUAUGGAUUGCUGCGCAGCGAGGAGCCCCGGGAGUUGUAGGCUACGCUCUUAUGCAUCGAUCAUGUUGAUACCUCGCUGUUGCUGUGAACUUUGAUUAGAUGUUUACGGGAAGAACUCAGUAAUUCCGAUAAACCAUUUAAAUAAAUACGCUCAAUAAGCUCAGAUUGACCUCUGGAGGAAGUGGGAAGCGCCUGUUCGCCCUUCCUCGUUUUUUUCUCUCCCAAGACGUCAGCAGGAUCUCAGUCUCUCCUUCUGUGAUUUAAACAAAGAGCAAAGUGUUUGGGGAUAGCAUGGCAAUGGUAGUAAACCAGUGGCCAGAGAACAUUUCUGCAGAUCCGGGGUCUCAGCUCCAGAUAUGCAGCCAGGAGCCCGGCGGUGCACCGGGGACCCCCAACGGUUCCACCCCGGGGACUGACACACUUUCCGGGGACAAAAUCCCCAACGUGGACUGCAUGGUGUGCGGAGACAAGUCCAGUGGGAAGCAUUACGGUCAGUUCACCUGCGAGGGAUGCAAAAGCUUCUUUAAGCGCUCGGUGAGGCGGAACCUCUCGUACACCUGCCGGGGGAACCGAGACUGUCCCAUCGACCAGCACCACCGGAACCAGUGCCAGUACUGCCGCCUGAAGAAGUGCCUGAAGGUCGGCAUGAGAAGAGAGGGUAAGACUAUAGGUGUGUGA